AACGUUCUCUGGCACUACUAUUCUUAAGAACAGUUUCUUGUCAUACAUUUGACAGCCGGUGAAACAGCUGAUAGACUCCACUAUAUCAAAAAUAUAACUUAUUAAUUCAGUUUAACGCGUCUAAUACUUUUCAUUAAAACAUUUACUUAAUAUUUUGCAAUGGAUUACGAUUUUAAGAUGAAAACGCAAAUGGAACGAACAAAAGUGGAGGACCUCUUCAACUACGAAGGCUGUAAGGUAGGACGCGGUACGUAUGGUCAUGUCUACAAAGCAAAAUGGAAGGAGCGUACUGACGGCAAAGAAUAUGCACUGAAGCAGAUAGAUGGUACUGGUUUAUCCAUGUCUGCAUGUCGCGAAAUCGCACUUCUUCGAGAACUCAAACAUCAAAAUGUAAUCACAUUGAUUCGGGUGUUCCUUUCUCACAACGACCGUAAAGUAUUUCUUUUAAUCGAUUACGCUGAGCACGAUUUAUGGCACAUUAUUAAGUUCCAUCGUGCUGCUAAAGCCGCCAAGAAGCAAGUAAUUGUACCUAGAGGAAUGGUGAAAAGUUUAUUGUAUCAAAUUUUGGAUGGAAUACACUAUUUACAUAGUAACUGGGUUUUACAUCGAGAUCUAAAGCCGGCAAAUAUUUUAGUAAUGGGUGAUGGUAAUGAGAGGGGACGCGUAAAAAUUGCAGAUAUGGGAUUCGCUCGUCUGUUUAACGCGCCACUUAAGCCGUUAGCAGAUUUAGAUCCAGUAGUUGUAACAUUCUGGUAUCGGGCACCAGAACUGCUAUUAGGUGCGCGUCAUUACACUAAAGCAAUUGAUAUUUGGGCAAUUGGUUGCAUUUUCGCCGAAUUGCUUACGUCCGAGCCAAUUUUCCAUUGUAGACAAGAAGAUAUUAAAACUAGUAAUCCAUAUCACCAUGAUCAACUGGAUCGUAUCUUCAAUGUAAUGGGAUUUCCUCAAGACAAGGAUUGGGAGGACAUCAAAAAAAUGCCUGAGCAUCAUACUCUAAUAAAAGAUUUCAAACGUUCAACUUAUUCGACUUGCUCUUUAGCUAAAUAUAUGGAACGCCACAAAAUUAAGCCAGAUAGCAAAGCAUUCCAUCUUUUACAGAAACUUCUACUUAUGGAUCCUAAUAAACGCAUCACUUCAGAACAAGCUAUGCAAGAUCCAUACUUCCAAGAAGACCCACUGCCUACGCAGGACGUUUUUGCGGGUACCCCUAUUCCUUAUCCGAAGAGAGAAUUUUUAACAGAUGAUGACCAAGAAGAUAAAGCAGACAACAAAAGACAACAACAACAACAGCAGCAGCAGCAGCAGCAACAACAGCAAGAGCCAAAUGCUAAAAGAGUUCGUUUAUCAGGGCCUGCUGGUCCUGGUCAACAGCAACAGCAAGUGCAACAAUCUCAAGAUUUUCAUCAUCAACAACAGCAGCAACAACAAAUGAUGUUUAAUCAACAACAAAAUUUUCAGCAACGUUUUUAAAUAUUACAUGCAACGCGAUUUAUUUAAAUAUGUAAUUUGGCUACAGAUCUCUAAUAAUUCGAUGACUAGUGCAAAGUUGCUAAUUUUUUAAUAAAACAAAUAUUUAUAAAAUGUG